AUGUUGCUUAAAUUAAGCCGCAAACUGUGCUCGCUAUCGUCAAGAAUGUCACGGAUCUUCGCAAUUUCGGACAUUCAUGUCGACAUACCGGAAAACCUUCACUUUGUUGAGAGUUGGUCCGCAAGUGAUUACCAACAAGAUGUACUUAUUGUGGCUGGCGAUGUAACCGACAACAUGACACUGUUAAAAAGUGUUCUUCAAUCUCUCACAGAGAAGUUCUCCAAGGUGUGCUUCGUACCAGGUACAUAGAUCAGGACAGAGCUAUUUUGAAAUAUAGGUUAUUUUCAAGAGGAGCUUCCGCUCCCUAGAAAGGCUUAAUGGGCCGGGAUCAGAUGCUCGUUUUCUCGCUUUACUGAGUUGUAGCAAAUUUAGGCUCGUUUCAAACGUCGUGCUACUGCCUUGCCGAACUCAAUUGAUCGAAUUAAAUUCGACUUAAGCAAGCCAGUAGCGCGACGUCUGAAACCAAAUCGUGCUACUGCCGUGUAUCACGGCAAGCCCUGCCGUUCUACACGGAAGUAGCUCGACUUGGUUUCAAACGUCGUGCUACCACCGUGCCGAACUCAAUUCAUCAAUUAUAAAUACAUUAGAAUAUAUUUAAAAGUUUGCUAAACCGUUUCUUUAUUUUUGUGUUUUGUUUUUGGCAACAGCCAUUGUAUUCGACUGUCAUUGUGUGAAUUAAAUUCGACGUCUGAAACCAAGUCGUGCUAGUGUCGUGCUGCAGUCGAGUUACAGUCGAGCCAGCUUAGCACGGCAGUAUCACGACGUUUGAAACAGGCCUUAUAUGUGAUAUUCUAGAGAAGAUUAGAGAACACUUACUGUCAUCAGAUUCACAACAUCAUUAGAAAUUCUAGAAAGUCUAAGAAGUUCCGCAUGAUGUAUCUAAGUGUCAAGGUUAUAUUUGCAACAUCUAAAUAAUUAAUUUUGAGUCUUUUGGACUGUGUGAUCAAAAGAGAUUAUUAUCAAUAGCACAAAAUCACACAUUUGCAUAAUUUUAGGGCUGGAGCAUUCUACCCUUAGUUGCAGAGAUGCUAACCUCUCGAGUUUUAAAAACUGGACUCUCCCUUUUGCAUCACCCCCUCCCCCCUGCAAUGUCAAUUUAGUACAUUAUAUCAAAUUUUACAUGAAUUACCUCCCCUCAAAACUCACUUCAACUCUAAAUAAAAGCAGAUUUUCUAAUCCAGGAGUUUUGGUGACCUGUACGGGAGAGCGGGGGGUUGGUGCUGUACCUGUGGGACUCCUGGACAAUCCAGGAGUGUUGGCACAUAUGUAGGUGUAAGAAACACUAUUGCCAUCCAUAAUUUUUUCCUUCCUUGUAUAGUUGUACCGAGUUAACAUCAAACUUCAACUAAUGAGCCUUACAUCUCAAACUGCAUCCCAGCUUACAAAAAACGUCCCCAAAAUGACCAUUGAAAUGGAAUGAUGUACAAACUGAUUUACUCACUUUGUUUUGUGACCUUUUUGUUCUAAACAUUUUGUUGUGUGUUGUUGUAUGAUUUUGAUUGUGUUAUUGAUUAACAGACUAUCUAAACCAUUUUAAAAAGCGAAAUUUGUUCUUACCUUCCCCCCUCCCCAUAAUGGCCGCUUGUCUACAGUGGCCAUUUGUCUCUAUCCCAAAGAUGAUUGUUGUAGAGAACUUCAGCUGUAUAAUAUAUAGAUUUAGCCAGAGCUAAAAGUUGAUACAUUCUAAAUUUGUUUCAGACAAUGGAUUUUAAACCAUUGCAAAGAAAUCUACACAUCUAUAGUUAACUUUAGGGGAGAACCAUAUAACUGAAAAACAUAAACUGGAACCUGCGAUCAGCUAAAAGCUAACAACUGGUGAGGGGAAACUUAAAAAAAGCAUGUGACGUCGAUGAGUUGGCCCCUGAGCUUGCGAUACGGUCAUGUGACACUGGUCAGCGAAUACUCUGUUUUGACCCUAAUGUGGAUGUCUAUUAUCAAUUUAAACACAGGUUACUGGCUCCCACCCUAGCUAUAAAGUUUGACAUUUCACAUUGGUUUCCCUGUGGUGCGGGCGGACAGACAGUCACGUGAUUACCAAAAUUUCUCGGAUGGUUGCACCAUUAGCGAACUUAAGCAGCUACGUUUUUGAGCCAUGGACGUCAACCGGAAAUGGACAGUUUGCAAUCUUGAGCCGUCAUUUUGAACAAUUUUUUUUGGUCAAAUCGUCUCUAUAAGAGUAAAGAAACUUAGCAAUACAAAUUUGGCAGGGUUUUGGCAUAUUAAAAGAGAAAAAGGCUCACUUCCGGUUGACGUGCAUCUCUCAAAAACGUCACACGUCACUGUUUAAACUCGCUAUUAAUUCAAUCAAAACAAAAAACAGUUUUCAAUUAAGUCUUACAUAACACAUAAACAAUUAGUCUCACAUAAAACUAAAGGGUUUUUUUGCUGACAAGUGAGUAUUGUCAUUAUUCACUGGCAUUGUUUUCAGGUUUCAUUUGCACGUGCACAACUUUAGCAAAAGACUAAUUUGCAUUCACGAGAUACCUCAAUUACUUUCCGGUCAUGUUGAGGGGUCUCCGUAACAAUGAUAACAAGGUGAAUAAGAACAUCUAUUGCAGAAAGGAAACAUAAAAGCGAAUAAACUAUUGCAUAGCGAUUUAUUUCUGCGUCCCUCAUGAUGAAGAAGUGACGUUACAGCCAUUGUCUUCACCAUUUCUGCUACAUCAGCAUAUUUCGGAGAUUUCUUCGGAAAGUAAUCGAGGGUCCUUUUGAAUGCAAUUUAAAGUUUGCGUGUGUUUAUGAAACUUGAAAUCAAUGCCAGUGAAUAAUGAGGACACUCACUUGUAAACACAAAAUCUGGUGGAAAAAUUUGUGGCAUUUGAAGCCCCAAUUUGCCUUCCUUGUUUUCAAUGUCCUUGAAUCUUGGAGGAGAUGUAAAUUGAUGAUUAAUCAAUUAAUUGUGGGUUAAAAUAAAACAGUCAGGGGAAAAGGGAGUGGUUUUUCCCUUCCUUUCUUUUUUCGCCCUUAAAUUCACCUAACGUCGUUCCCAGGGUAGGAGAGAGAACCUGGGAACAAGAUUGAAAUUCCCCCUCUUCUUUACCGCCUUCCUUGAGGCUAAGCAGGCCAAAACUCAAGAUCUAAAAUUGAAUGAAAGAAGGUACCGCCUUGUAGACGGCUAUAUCUUUACGCUGUCGGAUUCAUGACCUCGUGGAACUACAGUUACGCGAGUUUUCAGGGGAUUGUAAUAUUAUCAUAUUUUGUCCACUUGUGUUCAUGUAGUUCUUUAUCCGCCUUUUUGUUUUCAAUUCUAUUUCAGGAAAUCACGACCUAUGGAUUCGAAAGACAUCUGAUGCCUACGGCCAGGAAAAUUCUAUUUCCAAAUUUCACGCUGUCGUAGCACUUUGUGACGCAAUUGGCGUUUACAUAAGACCAGUGAAGGUCCAAUGCUGCAACAAUACCUCCGCCUGGGUUGUGCCAAUAUAUUCCUGGUAUGCUCAGCCUGAAGAUGACCCUAACAACUCUUUAUAUAUUGCUAGAGACUCCGAAGAUGUGGAGUUUUCCAAAAGGGUUUGGAUGGAUAAUCAUAUGUGUAAAUGGCCUUCGCUUCAGAGAAGUGUCUCUCAACAUUUCGCGGAACUUAGCGAAAAAUUUGUGAAUAGGAGCUACGAUGCACCAGUGAUAUCUUUCAGCCAUUUUCUUCCCCGUUUGGAGCUAAUCCCAGCCUCGGACGAGGAAAUCAAGCAUGUAGAAGAGGAGAGAAAGCGUUUAAAACUUCCUGUGUUAGACAACCCCAGGGCUCAGGGAGCGCAGAUUCAAUUUAAUUUCACGCGUUUUGCAGGCUCUAAAAGAAUAGAAGAGCAAAUUCGAAGGUUAGGACCUAAAGUUCAUGUUCAUGGUCACCAACACCGUAAUAGGGACCGGGCCAUAGAUGGGGUGCGUUAUGUAUCCUUUUGCCUGGGCUACCCGCGAGAAAGGUCCAUUGGAGUUAUAUGGGGCCUCUCAGAAGGUAAUGGUCCAAGACAAAUAUGGCCGACGGAGUAG